AUAACUCGUUUCCCUUCCGAGUCGAAAGCAGUCGAUUUUUUUUGUAUCAUACGGGCUUCUCAAUUUCUAACCUACCCAAUCUCCUAUAAUAUUUACGUACGAGAGAAAGAACUUUCCCUGAGCUGACGGAUUGUUUUCAUAACGAAUCAGAAACGAAUCGUAUAAAGAGAAAAUUUACCGAAAAUAAAAAAGAUUAAUUAUUUUAAAUAAAAGAAAACAGAAAAGUGAAACUAUGCACGAUAAUUCUACUAAGGAGCCAUAAUGCCCCGGAUAUGGUUGCCGAUAAUAGUAGUAGGCCUAUUACACUUACUAGGGACUCUAUCGUGCCCAACGAGUUGCGUUUGUCACAGGCGUUACUCAUCUGUAAAUUGUACACUACAAAAACUGCAAACUGUACCUGUUCUACCGGAAUGGACAAAGAGAUUGAAUCUAGCGCAUAAUUCUUUACUACAGCUAUACGGUUCCUUAUGGAACAAUAUACGUGGUGUGGAAAGUUUAGAUUUGUCUCAUAAUAGAAUUAGAACAGUUGUGGAAGGUAGCUUCGUAUAUUUAAAUGAUCUAAAGUUCUUAGAUUUGUCGUAUAAUGAACUAAACCAAUUGUCGAUGGCAAUGCUAAAGGGACUAACUAAUUUGAGGACGCUUGUAGCAAACUCGAACGUUAUCGUCCACUUGGAAUUGGGUUUACUGACCAAUUUACGAAUAUUACAGUUAAAAAAUAAUAGAUUAAAGAGACUAUCUUCUGUAACGUUCUCGUUUUUAACCAAAUUGGAAAAAUUGAAUUUGGACGGAAAUCUUUUAAAAGACAUUGAUGCAAAGGCAUUCGAACCUCUUAAAUCUAUAAAUACAAUAGUAUUGAGAAAUAAUCCUCUUAAAGAUAAUUUGAAAGAAUUGAACAUACCAUCAUCGGCAAAUUUAAACUUCUUAGACCUAUCGAAUUGUGGAAUUAAUGAUAUUCCACUAGAUGUACCAAAGACUAUUGAUUACCUCGUCCUUAGAAGGAACAAUAUCAGAAGCCUGAAAAACAUAAAGCAUCUUAUUAGCAUAAGAAUAUUAGUCAUGGAUCAGAAUAAAUUAGAAAAUAUUGAAAAAUAUACAUUUCUUAGAUUGCGUCUAUUAGAGGAAUUACGUUUAGGGAAAAAUUUGAUGAGAAAAAUACCAGAUUCACUUUCUCCAACUCUAAGAUCACUAUAUAUGGAUGAAAAUCUAGUGAGAAAGGUUACGAACGUUUUUCAACCUGGUUCCAAUCUUCAGAAGUUAUCCUUAAAUAGAAAUAGGAUAAGGAGAAUUGACGGAAACGCUUUGAAGAACUUACGUAACCUGAAGCACGUCGACUUUAGCGUCAACAACUUAACAACAAUCGAGGAAAAUACUUUCAGGGAGAAUUACAAUCUUACAACUUUACAAUUAUCCGUAAAUCCCCUUCAAUCUUUACCUUCAAAAUCUUUCCGGGGAUUACGUAAUCUGAACCGUUUAACCAUGUCCUAUAUCUCGACCAAUAUAUAUAUGGGAAAGUCGUUAUUUAAUUAUACGAAGCGCUUGGAAAGAUUAUCAAUAGAUUCUAGCCCGUCUAUUGCCAGGAAUCUUAUGUGUUCUAGGACUUUAAGGAGUGGCUUAAGACCAUUGAAAUCAUUAUCAAUGCUUUCGAAUGAUUUGCAUACAUUCAGCGCAAACUUUUUGGUUGAUUUGCCGAAUCUAUCAAUGUUUAAGUUUACUUCUAAUAGACUAUGGUGCGAUUCGAAUGUAAAAUGGUUCAAGCAAUGGAUUCUUGCAACCACUAUAGCUAUCGAUUCAUUCGCUUCGAUUAUCUGCCAUAAUCCAACCGAAAACUUCCGGAUACCGAAAAGUUUAAAGGAUGUUGACGACGUCCAUUUGAUGAACAGUACUCUUCCUAGGGCGUUUAAUCAAUGCUCUUCAGCCUUACCUACUAACAAACCCUUCGAAGCCACAGAGAGAUCCCUUAAUGAGCAACCCGCAGAAGAGAGGGAAGAACUGAAAGAAGAUUCUAAAAUGACGGAUAUGAGCAAAAAUUUAUUUACAACUCCCAGUAUAACUUCGUACACGGAGGGCAAGGUUGUUAGGAAAGGUCGAGGAAUGACGGGCAGAGUGUCCCUGAUGACCGUAUUCGUUAGCGUCGCUUGCGUUUUAGUUCUCUGUGGCGUAGUUGCCACUGUUGUAUAUUGUAUAAGUUCGAGUAGAAGAAAGAAGUGGAGGAGGAAAAAAGGAAAAGCUAGAAAAGAUUCCAAAAGUCCUUCUAUUAUAAAAUAUGAACAUGAUAAAGACGUUUUAUACUUUUCAACUUUGCAAAAAACAAAGACAUUCGCUAAUUCCAAGCCUGAUUUAGUUCAAGGGGAUCGUAUGAGUUUGGUUCCAGGACGAGAUAUUAACCACGAAGGUCCACUAAGGGUUUAUAAAUGGGAGGAUUUCUAGUGUAUAUGCAAUAACAACAUUUUUAUGUUAUUCCUGUUUUAUUUCAUCAUAUGUUUCUUUUUUUGUUUUAUGUUCUUUUUAACCAAAAGAAAAGCUAUGGAGAUUUAAAAGAAAAGAAAGGAUAAAGAGUUACAAUAUUUUACUGCCAUAUUAUUUUAUUUAUUUUUUUACGUAGUUGUCUUCUUCUGAAUACAACGAUCUAGUGAAAAACGAAA